AAAAAAAUGUGCUCAAGCAAUCCGCUUAACUUCCUCAUGCUUUCGGUUCUACAUUGUCUCCUGUCCGAUCUAACAUUUUCAUUUCUCUCGACAUGGGUAUAAAGUGCUUGUUUUCAGUGCUGUUUUCAAUCCUUUUAUUUUCAAGAGCCGAUGCUCUUUUUGGUCAUGGUUUGCUUCAGUGCCAGUUUACUACCUUGGAUGACGUUGUUUAUUUGGAACAAAUUUUCUUCAAUAAAGUGCUACAAAUCCAAUACAACAGCACUUUAGGGAAGUAUACCGGCUACACAGACAAAACACGAGAUAUUGCAAAUGGCCUCAACAAAAAUCCAUCUUUAUUAAUAGAAGAAAAAAGGCAUGAACAGAAUUGCAAAAAACACGUCCCAUUGUUUUUUGAUAUCUUUUCAAAACCAGACGUCCAUGUCGAGCCCUCUGUCAGGGUGAGGUCAGUGAAAACAGCGAGCGGCCAUCACCCACGCAUGCUCAUCUGCAGUGUGCACUACUUUUAUCCCAAAUCAAUCCGAGUGACUUGGCUGAGGAACGGGAAGGAGAUGACAUCUGAUGUUUCUUCCACUGAGAAACUAUCAAAUGGGGAUUGGCACUAUCAGAUCCACUCUUACCUGGAGUUCACACCUGUACCUGGAGAGAAAAUCACCUGCAUGGUUGAUCACGGCCUCCUCAUGAAACCCAAGCUUUGCGAUUGGGACCCCAGAACUGAGUCAGAGAACAACAAGAUUGCUGUUGGGACAGCAGGGCUGCUGCUGGGUCUGGUAUUUUGUGUUGCUGGGCUGAUUUACUACAAGAGGAAGACUUAUGGUCGAGAGUUGGUGCCUGUUAAUUCAAUUUAAAGCAACCUUUUAUUGAAGUUUGAGAAAAAUAGUUACAAAAUAUUUGGUUCAAAUCUUACUUUCACUGUUUACAUUAUGAUGAUUUAAGUGGGCUCAUUUAUCAUGAGAGGGUUUGAUUAAAUCCUGAAAAAAGGAGUUCAGAUCAUUGAAAAGAACGUGAAAAGACAAUGAACUGUUAAUUUUGUUCUGUAUAAUGAAGAACAAUAAAUAAUGAAACAAAUGUUGUUUUGUAAGCCGGACAUGUUUAUGGGCCAUGCAAUAAUCACUUGAUCUGAUAAACUUUAUGUACUCGAUGAUAUAAAAUCAGCCAUAUUGUAUGAUUCAUGUAUGCUCAAUAAAUCACUUUUCCUGCGUUUUGCUUUAAAAAUUAAAUAAAUCUGUAACCAACAGAGAAAAUUGGUACUUUAU